UACUGACCUUGGCGGCUAAUUUCAUGUGUGCGUUGCAUAACAUGUCUUGUGAUAUCGAUGACUCUUUAUACAGCCGUCAAAGAUGUGUUUUGGGGGAAAAUGCAAUGAAAAGAAUGUGUAAAUCCAAAGUAUUUUUACAUGGCUUGGGAGGUGUUGGAAUAGAAAUAGCGAAAAAUCUAGUUCUGGCUGGAGUUGGCGAACUUAUAAUUCAGGACCGAUCUUUGUGUUCCAGACAGGAUUUAGGGACUCAAUUUUACGUGGAUGAAUAUAGUGUUAAAGGUUCGAAAACUAGAGCUGAAGCAAGUCUUGAUCGUCUAACGGCUUUAAAUCCCUAUGUUCGUAUUACUUUAGAAACGGGAGAUGUGACGGAUAUUCGUUGCCCUCUUUCUGAACCUGCUAAUAAGAAUAUCCUAAAGCCAUUAGUCGACGAAGGAUCAUCUACGAAAGUCGAUUGUUUGAUACUCACACAAUGUUCACUUCAAAAAGCUACAUUGUUGGAUCUGUUCUGUAGAGCAUAUGAUAUUAAAUUUAUCUAUACAGAUAUAUAUGGUGCAUUUGGAAAUUUAUUUUGUGAUUUUGGCUCUGAUUUUACUGUUUUAACACAAGAUGACGAACCAUGUAGAGAAUUUUUUAUUGGAAAAAUUGAAAAGAUAAACGAUGAGGAAUUAUUGAUCACAGUUCUUGGUGAUCGUCGUCAUCAUUUAGAAAAUAAUGAUGUAAUUCGAUUCACUGAACUUAACAAUUUACCAAUGCUCAAUGAAAGAGAAUUUCCUAUUCGAGUAAAGUCGCCUUCAGAGUUGAUUAUCAAAACGUCUAUAAAAGACAUUCAGUUUCCUUAUUCAGAUGGUGGUAUUGUGCUUCAAGUUAAAAAGCCACAAGUAUACACUUUUGAAACUAUGCUCGAACAACUUAAAUCUCCUAAAUUAAUGUGUGUGGAUUUCAGUGAACCUGAGGAAAGUAACUUGUUACAUUUAACAUACCUAACAUUGAUGAGGUUCAAUGUAGAAACUGGCCGUUAUCCCAAACCAUGGGAUGAAAAUGAUUGGAAUUUAUUUCGUGAUCAAUUGUUCACAUUACAUAAGCUACAAAUGGGAAAUCCAAUUAAAAUUGAUGAAUCGUUAGUAAAACGUUUAGCCUUUGCUAGUCAAGGACAAUUAGCACCAUUAAGUGCUGUUUUUGGUGGAAUAGCUGCACAAGAAGCUAUGAAAGCGAUUACAUUUACAUUUACACCAAUUAAUCAAUGGCUGUACAUCCAUUGUGCAUCGAUUGUACCACUUGAAGUCAAUACGCAAUCAAAUGAAUUUCAGAAUUAUUUGUCAAGUCGUUAUGCCGCUUUAAUUCAAUGUAUCGGUGUGUCAAAUCUUCAAAAAAUGCAUAAUUUAAGUAUUUUUAUGGUUGGUUGUGGUGCGAUUGGUUGUGAAUUAUUAAAGAAUUUAGCAUUAUUAGGUGUUGCCACUGCUGGAUCUAACGAUGAUGAUUUACAUUCAGCGAACAACGUGACUGAUUCUAAUCAACAUCAAUAUUGUUAUCGUCGUCAUCAAUAUGAACAACAAGAAAACAACAAUCAAUUUACAUAUAAUACAACACUCGAUACUUCAUUGAUGUCUCAUGCGAAUGUUGAUGAUAGGGAUCAUCAUCAAACGUUGUCACAUUCAGCGGUAGACGGUCAAAAAGAACACGGCAAUUCACUUUAUCCUAAUGAUCAACUCACUAAUAAUUCUGAAACAAUUGUCAAGUCAAUUAUAUCACAUCAAGUUUCUACAUCUCAAAGACAAUCAAUAAAAUCUGUAUUCAGUGAAUCAAUCAUUAAUAAUAGGUGCCCAAAUAUUAUUGUCACUGAUCCUGAUCAUAUUGAGAAGUCAAAUUUAAAUCGACAAUUUCUUUUUCAAUCAUGUCAUAUUGGUUUGUCAAAAAGUCAAAUUGCAUGUGAUACUGCUAAGAAAAUUAAUCCAAAUAUAUCAGUGAGAGCGAUGUGUGAUAAAUUUUGGCCAAAUACUGAAAAGACUAUUUUCACUGAUGAAUUUUUAUUACAAGCAACAAAAUGCAUUAAUUACAAACAAGGGAUAACAUCUCCUUCAUAUAAACAUGGUAUUAUACUAGCUGCUUUAGAUUGUGUACCAACACGUCGUUAUUUAGAUUCACGUUGUGUAACACUACAUUUACCAUUGAUUGAAUCUGGUACUUUAGGUACUAAAGGUCAUGUUCAAGUAAUUUUACCUGAUAUUACUGAAUCAUAUAAUAGUCAAAUGGAUGAUGAUGUUCAUAAUAACAAUGAUGUAGAUGGUAAUGGAAAUAUUGAUAAUCAAGUGAAUACAAUACCAUAUUGUACAUUGAAAUCAUUUCCAACCUUACCAAUUCAUUGUAUUGAAUGGGCACGUGAAAAAUUUGCUAGUCAAUUCACAUUGAAACCCAUGCAAUUACAAACAUUUCUACAAGCUUGGAAUUUAGAACAAUGUGAAUAUGUGGACAGUUGCCAUGGUGAACAAACAUCGAAACAACAAACGCAUCAAUUAAUAUCAGAUUUAACAUUUUUAAUGCAUCUAUGCAAUGAUAUUGCUACCAAUUGUCCUACCACUACUACUACUACUACUACUGAUAAUGAUAAUAGUAGUAAUAAUAAUAGUAAUGUAAUUGUUACAUCAAAGAUGUAUUCUAAUGAUAAAAUUUUAAUGAAAAACUGGAUUGAAAGGAUAAAUUUAUUACAAGAUCAAUUAAAUCCCAAUAUUGGACGAUUUUUAUGCUCACGUCCAUCUACAUGGAAUCAAUGUUUAUAUUUAGCCCGUGAUAAAUUUCAACAUAACUUUAAUCAUAAAGCUCGUCAAUUGUUACAUUCUUUCCCCAUCGAUACAAAAUUAUCAAAUGGAGCACCAUUUUGGCAAUUUCCUAAACGUCCACCUAAAUCGAUUGAAUUUUCCAUAACAGAUCCAUUACAUCAAAUAUUCGUCAUCAGUUAUGCACGUCUUUUAGCUGCUCAAUUGUCGAUCCAAGUACCACAAUCCUGUUUCUCCUCUUCAACUUCUUCAUCGGAUUCCUUCACUCACUUAAAUUACGGGUCGACUGAACUAGUUAAUUAUCUUCAUGAAGUAUUUAUAAACUAUAUUCCACCAAUGUUUACUCCGUCUAAUAAACACAUUGUAAUUGAUGAGAAUGAAAUGAAGCCUCAGCAAAUGACCACAUCUACUUCACCAUCAAAAUUGUCAUUGCCUAAAGAUAAUGAUCCUACUAUUACAUCAAUGAAAAGAAUUAUUUUCAAUAAUCCUUCUCUCAAUAAUGAUGAUAAGGAUUUGCCAAUAAAAGAAAUUUGUCUAAAUGAAUCAUUUUUAAAAAUGUGUACAAAUAUUUUGGAGAGUUUAAGUAAACCAGAGAAAUUUAAAGUGAUUUCUUCAUGUCAAUCAGUAACGUUUGAGAAAGAUGACGAUAAUUUGGCACAUGUUGAUUUUGUCAUGUCAGCUGCAAAUUUACGUGCUACAAUGUACAGUCUACCGAUUACAGCUCGCCAUGUUGUUAAACGUAUCGCUGGACGAAUAGUACCAGCUAUAGCGACAACAACUGCUACUGUUGCAGGUUUAGUCUGCUUAGAAUUACUUAAAUAUGUAAUUAACAGUAAUCAAUAUGAUGAUGAUCAUGUUGGUUCGUUUACAUCUGAAAAGGAAAUAAAUACAUUGGCGGCGACUACGACAACAAUAAAUAAUUGUGAACAACGUUUAGUUCAAUUAAAAUCUAGAAAUAGUUUUCUUAACUUAGCAUUACCGGUUAUUUUGUUCAGUGAACCAGGACUGUGUCGACAAACACGUUUACCAAAUGGAAAAUAUUUCAGUCUAUGGGAUCGUUGGACUAUUCGACCCAGUAAACAAGUUGAUAAAUAUCGAUUAACUGAUUUUAUUGAUCAGAUCAAGAAUGAAUGGAAUCUUGUGGUGAGUUUAAUUACUCAAGGCAAUCGAAUGGUGUAUAUGCGUCAUUUUCCAAUGCAUAAAUCACGUUUAAAUGAAAUUUUUAUCAAUCUUUUGCAUUAUUCACCGAUGGAUGGUCAUACUGAUUUGAUGGUCGCUUAUGAAUCUGAUCAUAUCAAGCCUAAUAAUGAUCAUUCUCAUGAUAACAAUGAUGAUGAUGAUGAUGAUGAUGAUUGUAUUCAAGGUCCUACAAUACGUUUUGAAUUCUAAUUCUCAAUGACUUUUUUCUUCUUCUUAACCUUAUAAAAUGUUGUAUUAAUUUGACUAUUCUAAUGUAUGUAUAUGUACUACUUAUGUACUACUUAUAUGUUACUAAUUGUAUAGACAGAAUGUAUAACAUUGAAAAUAGUAUGUGUAUAUGUGUACGUGUAUUUAAUCAUGAUCUCUACAAUGAACUUCUGUGUUGAACAUGUUCAUGGGAUUUGGAUAUAUAGUUAAUUCUAUUCAAUGAGUAAUAGAGAAGAAUAACAACAAUUCAUGUAAGAUUUAUUAAUUGAAUUCAUAAGUCAAUAGAAACUAGAUCACUAUGGAAAAUCUGAAAGUAUUGGACAUUCAUUUCGUCUUAGUAUAGGACUCUUCAGAAGUAGUACGCAUCCAAUACUUCCAAGUUUACCAUAGGGAUCUAGUUUCAAUGGAUUCAUGAAUUCAAUUAUUAAAUUAAUAUCAUAUCCACACACACACACACACACACACAAAAACUCUUCUUUGAUUAUACAUGUGAUAUUACUGUCUUUGUCUUUGUGUUAUUUCAUUUCCAAUUGAAUAGUUUCAUUGAAUUUGAUUAUUCUUUGUACUUCUGUCUCUGUCUCUUUGUAUGUAUGUAGAUUUUCAUCAAUUUAAUUACUAUGCAUUAAACUAUCUAAUUCAAUAGAAUCUGUGUGUAUUUGUGUCUUGAUAACCUUUAUAUAAAUAGAAAGAUAAAUAUAACUCAGUAUCGGUUGAUAUAUCUAUCUAUAUAUAUAUAUAUAUAUAUAU